CUUUUGUAGACUUUUGUAAAUUAUUCGCAAAAGUACCUAACGAAUAGCAUCAAAUAUUUGUUUCAAUACUAAUUAGGCACUGAACUUCUUCAUCAUUCAUCCAUUCAACUGCAUUUUCACAGAAACUAGGGCUAUAGUGAGCUUGACGGGCGUACGGGAGAAGCGGCGGCAGUGCCAUGGACCAGUACGACCGGCUGCGGCCGCUGGGGCGCGGCGCGUUCGGCGUCGUCCAUCUGGGUCGGUGUCGCCAGACGCGCCGACUGGUGGUGCUCAAGUCGAUCCCGAUGCCAGAGGAGGACACCAAGCAGGCACUGAACGAGGUGCAGGUGCUGCGCCUGCUGAGCCACCCCAACAUCAUCGAGUACGUGUCCAGCCACGUGCAGGAGCAGUCACUGGUGAUUGUGAUGGAGUACGCCCCCGGCGGAACGCUGCGUGACUACCUGCUCAGCCUGCAGCAGCAGACCAUGGAGGAGGAGCAGGUGAUGCACUUCUUCAGCCAGAUGCUGAUCGCCGUACAGCACAUUCACAGUCUCAACAUCCUCCAUCGGGAUCUCAAGUCGGAGAACAUCCUGCUGGACCGUGAGCGGCAGGUGAUCAAAAUCGGCGACUUCGGCAUCUCCAAGAUCCUGGCGACCAAGACGUCGGCCAGCUCUGUGGUGGGCACGCCGUGCUACCUGUCGCCGGAGCUGUGCGAGGGACGGCCCUACAACCGCAAGUCGGAUGUCUGGGCGCUCGGCUGUCUGCUAUACGAGAUGGCCACGCUGAAGCGCACGUUCGAGGCGGCUACGCUAGCUGCGCUCGUGCUGAAGAUUCUGCGCGGCAGCUACGCGCCGCUGCCGGCCCAGCUGUCGGCCGGCCUGCGUCAGCUGGUGACGGCGCUGCUCAGUCUGGACCAGACCCGGCGGCCGUCGGUGACACAGGCCAUCGCCCACCCGGCCGUGGCGCCGUUCGCGUGCCGCCUGUUCUCUGACAUCGGCAUGAUUCCGUGGCACGCCAGCACGCGGCCGCUCUCCAUGUCCGUGUCUCAGACGCUGGCCGGCGGACGGGCCGGGCCGCUGGGCGCGGUCUGGGCGGCGCGCCGACCCUCCUCUCCGGCCCUGCCGCCGCCGCCGCCGCAGGAUGACACGCUGUGGGUGCUGACCGCGGAGCUGACGCUGCGCCAGCUGCCGGCGCCGCCGCCGGGCGUCGGCCGUCGUCUGGCGGCGGCAGCUCGCGGCUCCGUGACGGCGGUCUGUGUCACCAGCGGUGGACAGGCGGCCGUCUGGUGGCUCGCCGACGCCGGGCCGCCGCUGACCGUGGAGCGGCCCGGCGGCGUGUCGUUCGUGCAGGCGGCGAGCGGCGGCGCGACGGUGGCGCUCCUGACGCAGCGCGGCAUUGUUCUGACGGCCGAGGCGGCGCCGGCGGCCGGUACGCUGUCAGCGCCGCGGAUCGUGCAGUCGCUGCUGGGACACGAGGUCGCACAGGUGAGCUGCGGCGCGGACCACACCCUGGUGCUCACCGCUGCCGUGCAAAGGAAAAACCACGGCCGGAGUAACGGUGCCGUGUCCUCCUUUAGGGCCGGUGUGACGGUGCCGGUGCCACGUCCUCCGGUGCUGUCGGUAGGACCUGCGCUACGUCCCCCGGUGCAGUCGGGCCGGUGUGACCGGUGCCGCGUCCCCCCGGUGCUGUCGGUAGGACCGGUGCCGCGUCCCCCGGUGCCGUUGGACCUGCGCCACGUUCCCGGUGCAGUCGGCAUGGUCGUUGACUCGUCGUUGGCCGUGUCCUCCAUCAGGGCCGGUGUGACGGUGCCGGUGCCGCGUUCCCCUGUGUCGUCGACCGCCGCCGGAGCCGUGUUCGCCUGGGGCGGGAACGCGGACGGUCAGCUGGGCAGCGGCGCACGGCGGCCGGCAACCACACCUCAGCCGCUGCCGCUGCCGUCGGACGCGGUGGCGUCUCGUGUACGCGCUGCCGCCGGCUGCUCUCUGGUGGUGACCGCCGACGGACGGGUGUUCGGCUGCGGGCUGAACGCGUCGGCGGUGCUGGUGCUCUGCGCCGACGGCUCGCUGCACGCUGUCAGCGAGACCAGCCCGCGCCAGCCGGUCCGCCUGGAGCUGCCCGGCGCAGGGGAGCCGCGGCUGGGCGACGGCGGUCUGCUGCUGCUCUCACAGUGA